CGGUUGGCUAGCAUUAGCUCACCGCCGCUAGGUUAGUUCCGGUCGGCUAGCAUUAGCUCGCCGCCGCUAGGUUAGCUCCGGUUAGCUAGCAUUAGCUCACCGUCGCUAGGCUAGCUCCGGUUGGCUAGCAUUACCUCACCGCCGCUAGCUUAGCUCUGGUUAGCUAGCAUUUGUUCACGCUAGCGCUGCCACAAAGCACAACGGAAGUUGUCGCUGGACCCGGCUAGUGCGAACAGCGGAUACCGUCGUUAUGCUUCACAUAACCAUGUAUCGUUCGUCCAUGUCUCAUGUCGUAGUCGACAACCGGCUCGAUUGUAUAAAGUAACUUUCGGUAUUAAGUGGACAACAUUAGCUUGUCUUUCGCUGUGGCUAAAUCAGUCAGCUAACUAACUGUAGCAUAAAACUUACGCUAGCGUGUCUAACGUAACGUCCGCAGGAGAAGCCCCUGACUUGAAGGAAGGAAGCAAGGGAGGAAAUUCAUAAGCAGGAUCCCUGCGCGCUGUUGCACAUGCAGAGCUAGCUAAUCUUUUGUGUCUCCUGAGUCCCCACAACGUGACGCAUUUAGAAGAAGGUGACUAUCCGUGCACCCUGUGUGACAUUUAACACAAUUUGCUGUAUGCGGAUGCUGUUGGCGUUACUUAAGUUAACUGUCAACAACAACAAUAACACUCCUCCUGGCCAGCGGUACACUGCGACCGAGGGCUUAGCACGCUAGCUAACAGCUUUCUAAGAAGUUGUGUAUCUUGACUUAUUCAACGUUGAGUCAAGCAACAAGCCGGCGUUUUAACGUGUCAUCGUCGGACGCUGAGGCGACCACCAUGGCAUCGGAUGUGCUCGAGAGCGAAGCGGUGCUGAAGGGUGUCAGCGGCGUGGAUUUGAACAAAAGGAGCCCAGAUCCAGUCACACCCGGGGGGACUGACGGGGGGCCGGGUACCGGACGGACGUCUAGUCGCUCGUCUUCUGGGGUGUCAGGAGAAGGCGAUGCCGGGCAGUCGGACGAAUUGGGGAAUAGCGCCGCUUCCGCGGUUGAAAAUGGCGAAGAGGUUCUAAGCGAAACCAGAGGUGCGCCACAGGAAAGGACGAGUCCGGACCACGAGCAGCAGCAGCAGCGGCGGCGGGGAGCAAGGAGCUCUUCCCCGGUCAGCCUCCCCCAGCCACGAUCACCUCCCGGGCCCAUCGGAAGCCUAGAGCGUCAAGAGUCAGUCGCCACGUCAGAAGCUCGCCUAAGACUGGAGGGAGUUGAACUGAAGGAAGAGUGGCAAGAUGAGGACUUUCCACGGCCUCUACCCGAGGAAGAGGAGCUUGAAGAUGAACUUUUUGCAGGAGCUUCUGAAGAAAUAGACCCUGACUAUGCAAAGGGACACGGCAAGAAGGCGAAGAAGAAGCUCGCAGCCCCCGAUAUCAGUCUCACACUCGACCACAGCGAAGGUUCUCUUCUCUCUGACGAGCUGGAUGAAAGUACAGAGCUGGACCUCGAUGACAUUGACACACCAUCGGACAAUAGCAAUGAGUUUGAGUGGGAAGAUGAUCUCCCUAAGCCGAAAGCCACAGAGCUGCUUCAGAAGGGCGUGGCGUCGGUGCAGGAGUACUCCGCCUCGGAGGAGAGGGAGGAGGGCCGGCGCUGGAGGGUGUUUCGCAUCGGGGACCAGGAACACCGCGUGGACAUGAAGGCCAUCGAGCCUUACAAGAGGGUCAUCAGCCACGGAGGUUACUAUGGAGACGGUCUGAAUGCUAUAAUUGUGUUCGCUGUGUGCUUCAUGCCCGAAAGCAAUAAACCGAAUUAUAAAUACAUCAUGGACAACUUAUUCAAGUAUGUCAUUGGCACGCUGGAGCUUUUGGUCGCUGAGAACUAUAUGAUUGUGUAUUUGAAUGGGGCAACCUCUCGGAAAAAGAUGCCAACGGUUGGCUGGCUCCGAAAAUGUUAUCAGCAGAUUGACAGGAGGUUGCGGAAGAACUUAAAGUCUUUGAUAAUCGUCCAUCCUUCUUGGUUUAUUCGCACGCUGCUGGCACUCACAAAGCCUUUCAUAAGUUCUAAAUUUAGUCAGAAAAUCCAGUAUGUGUUCAGCUUGACAGACCUUGGAGAACUGGUUCCGAUGGAGUACGUUUCCAUACCAGAUUGCAUCAAACAGUUUGACGACGAAAAAAAUAGGAAAAGCCGUAAAAGGUAUAUGCACUUGCACCCAGGGUCCAACUCGGCAUUCCUUCACAAAACUAACAACGAAAUGAUCCGUUGGCUCUCAGAAACGCACCAAUGCACCUCGUUGUGUCCCAGGAUAAAUUGCUCUUCCCUUUCGGCCAAACCCAACAACUAGCUUGCCCAACAUCCCACAUCUCUCUCACUGUAGAUUUCCCGUAGAAGCAGACUGACGAGCUGUUUGAUUGGUUUCCCCAAAAGUAGAUGGCCUGGUGAUUUGUUUAACCAGCUACAUCCUUUUUCUCAGCCCAUUAUGUGAUGUUCAUUUUUAAAAUCAUUUCUUGUUAAAUGUAUUGCCUCCAAAUAACAUCAGCUAUCAGUAUGCACUUUGAAGCCCAUCCUUCAACACAAGGCACUUGUUUCCACUGGGAUGCUGAAUAAUUUAUUUAUGUCAAUAAAGUCAGAAUAGUUUUUAAAGGUAAAUGAUUUCCUUUCUUCUCUCUGGUAUUGAAGUCGGGGCAUUGUGUAGCAGUAACUUGCAUGUGUCUUUCAUAAACACAGGCUUUGUGGUUGAUGUUGGGUAAGUUUGUUUGCGUUUGUACGACAGAUUGGGGGCGGGACUACGAGGGAGCAGCUGGUCUUAGUCACUGUGGCUUCGUGGUUGCACCGCUGUCAUGCCCUCACAAGGCUCCCCUCAGUAGCUCACCCUCACCAAACACGCUCUCCGCAUGACUCACUGCACACCCACUCCCUGCUGAUGUUUUAAUUACUGCCCCAAACCUUUUGUCAACCUUGCUCAAGCACACCGAACCGUUCUGCUCGGUACGGAUAGGUAGCGUGAGGAUUAUUCGUUUGCAGAGAUAUUGUGUCAUAUUAAAACAACACGUAUUAACUGAAUCACUGUCUGGUUGUGUAAUGCGUUGCACGGUGGUUCUUCUUAAGUUAAGAACCGGUGCACUAAAGCCUCACACAUUGCCACGGAGCUGUCUCAGGCUGUAAUGACCAACCUUGCACAACGGUUGCACUUGUAUAGAAUGAACGGUUUGUUCACAUAUCAGUGUAAUGCAUUUGUGUAUACAUUUUCUUAGUGUACCACUAUUUGCAGAGUGAGCAGUCUGUGCCCUAACAGGGAUUUAUAGCAUACACUAUUGCAUUGGUCAACAGAAGUAAGAAGUAAGCAUUUAAAUUCCAUUCAGUAGAAAAGGCAUGGACAAAACGAGGCAUUCAUGUGUUUGCUGAAAGCACAAGUCUGGUAAGUCUAGAAAGUAGUUCCCUUUUUAACAGUACAAGUGCAAUGGCUACAUUUCACGGUGUGAUUCUGUGUAAAGUGGGUUUGUGGGCAGUGUCGGCUAUAAUAGAAGACAUGCGACCCCUGGCACACAGAGGUCUGAUGACUGUUGAAUUUGU